AUGGCUACUAGAGAUAUUCUAAACUUUACAAAUAUUUGGGACACAAUUCCCCGCGAAAUUACUUUAGGUAAAAGCAAAGAACAAUUAAUCGAAGAAGAUAUCCAUGAUGAUGACGAAACAGUGGAAACAAGAGUUAGAGGUAAAUCAUUAUGGAAUGGGUUUGCUGCUGGUGCUGGGUUAUUCAGUGAUGGUUAUGUCAAUAACUCUAUUGGUACAGUGCUUUACUGUUUAAAGAAAAUUUAUGGUGAUGAAUUUGCAAAAUCUAAUGCUAUUAAUAACAUUGGUUCGAUUGCUUUCGUGGGUACUGUUGUUGGACAAUUAAGUUUCGGUUAUAUUUCAGAUAGAAUUGCUAGAAAAGGAGGUAUGAUGGCUGCAAAUGUGAUCUUGAUCCUUUUCACUCUUUUAUGUGCUGUUGGUUCAUGGGGGGCCACUGUACAAGGAUUCUUUGCAUGUUUAACCGUUUGGAGAUUCUUCUUGGGUGUUGGUAUUGGUGCUGAAUAUCCAACCUCAUCGGUCAUUGCUUCAGAGUUUGCUAAUCAAUUACCUCCAGGUCAUAGAAAUAGAUAUUUCAGUUGGUUUACUAACUUUAUGAUUGAUAUGGGGUUUGUUAUUUCUGCAUUUGUUCCAUUUGUGUUGAUUUGGAUAUUUACCGAAAGACAUUUAAGAGCUUUAUGGAGAGUGACUAUCGGAUUGGGUGUUAUUCCACCGUUAGCGUUAUUCUUUUUACGUUUAAAAAUGAAUGAUUCAAAAUCAUUCCAGAAAUUACACAUGAAAAGUGUUAGAUAUAGAGAUUAUCCAUGGUGGUUGAUUGUCAAGUUUUAUUGGUUCAGAUUGACUAUUGUUUCAUUAAUCUGGUUUAUCUAUGAUUUUUCUGCUUAUUCCUUCGGUACCUUCAACUCCAUUAUUAUUGAUGAAAUCAUUCCCGAUGCACCAAUCUGGCAACAAUGGGGUUGGUCUGUUGUUUUCAACUUGUUCUACAUUCCGGGUGCUUUUCUUGGUGCUAUUGCUGGUGAUUACAUUGGUCCAAGAUUAACAUUAACUAUUGGUGUUGCAUGCCAAGGUAUUAUCGGUAUUGCUAUGUCUGCUUGUUUGAAAUCUUUAAAGAGACACAUUGCUGGAUUUGUUGUAGUUUUUGGUAUUUUCACUUCCUUUGGUGAAUUUGGACCAGGUGAUAAUAUUGGGUUACUUGCCUCCAAGACUUCUGCCACUGCUAUAAGAGGUCAAUAUUAUGGUAUUGCUGCUGCUAUUGGUAAGAUUGGUGCAUUUGUAGGUACUUGGGUUUUCCCAGCUAUCCAAAAACAUUAUGCAUAUGAUGAUGAAUUGGCAUUACAAGUUCCAUUCUACGUUAGUGCUGCUUUAUGUUUAUUCAGUGCUGGUUUAACAUUCUUCUUCUGUCCACCAGUUGGUCAAGAUGCCAUCAAUAGAGAAGAUCGUGACUUUGUUGCAUACUUGAAAGAAAAUGGUUUCGAUAUCAACUUAUUGGGUGAAACUGGUCAUGUUAGUGAAGUUACUCAUGAAUCAGAUUCAUUCGAUAAAGAAAAAAUUGACACCAUUAGAGUCGAUAAUGACUCUGUAUAG